GUUAUAGAAGCUUUCACUUCAUUUAAAUUCAUUCAGACUGGCAAUAUUUCGCCGAGCACAUAAAUAAAAUGAAACAUGUCUAUGACACUAACACAUUUUGGCUUUUUAACUUUUAGUUGUAGCUCAUCUUAUAGUUUUCAUCACGAGCAGAUGAGGUUAGUGCCCAUUUAGUUUGUAGUCCUUUGCUUUUGUAGUUCAUAACAAUAUUAUAACAGAAAUCGCUGUGAUCACCCUUUUUGUUUAAAUCUUUAUUUUAUACACUUAAAAAAAAACAAAAGAAAAAGAAAUAUACUUCCAUAACCUGUGAUGUGAGAAAAAAAACACUUUAAAAUUUCUCUUUUUUUUAAUUGGUUCAACACAAAUUGCUGUCGACCAAUAGAAAGGAAGUAUCGUGUACAUGUGACCAAACACGGAAGUAGAAUAUUAGGUCCCCUGCUAGUCGACGCUCAGCUGUUCCUUUGUUUUUGCAAGCUUUUGACACUCUACGACAAAAAGACGUCGCUAUAUUUGAAUGUUUAGUCAAAACUGCUAAAUAGAGAAGAUGACUCAGGCUGAGAAAGAGCUGGAAUGCGGCGGAAAGGAGAAAGAAAAGGAACGAGACAAGGAAAAGGAGCAGCAACGCGGAGUGAAACGACCCAUCACUCCUGCAGUCAUCCCUGAACCCAUCCACGAGCAAAUUCAAACCAACUUUGUCAUUGUGAUCAACCCCGGUUCAAGAAGCGUCCGCAUUGGCCGAGCAACAGACACUCUUCCAGUCACUGUACCCCAUGUCAUUGCACGGAGACAUAAGCAAAGUGGACAGCCCAGAUAUGAAGACCCGUGGCUGUUAAGAGACGGUUUAAAUCAGAAACCAGAGAGUAAUGAGCAGAGGCAGAAUGGGCUGAAAAUGGUGGAUCAGGCCAUUUGGUCAAAGAAAAUGUCAAACGGUGUCCGAAGGACUCCAGUGUCUUCUGAACAGGCCAGAGCAUAUAACUGUCAGAUCCGUCCAGCAGUUUUAGACAGCAGCUCCAGGGUGAAGUGGACCAGCACGGGGCACCACCCAGCUUACCUGGUGGGAGACGAGGCUCUCUGCGUAAAUCCAUCAGACUGUUAUAAUAUCCACUGGCCUAUAGUCAGAGGGCAGUUUAACAUUCACUCGGGGCCUGGAGGCUCAAUGACUGCAGUGCUGGCUGAUCUGGAGGCAAUCUGGAGUCAGAUCAUUCAGAAGCACCUGGAAAUCCCUCUGAAAGAUUUAAAGUAUUACAGAUGCAUCCUACUGGUUCCUACCAUCUACAACAGACAGCACAUCAAAGAAGUUGUCAACAUGUUGCUGCUUAAUAUGGGCUUCUCAGCAAUCAUUGUGCACCAGGAGUCGGUGUGUGCUACGUUUGGCAGUGGGUUGAGCAGUGCUUGUGUGGUGGACGUAGGCGAUCAGAAGACCAGCAUCUGCUGCGUUGAGGAUGGAGUGUCUCAUCGGAACUCCAGGUUGUGUUUGGCGUAUGGCGGCUCAGAUGUGACCCGCACUUUCUUCUGGCUCCUGCAGAGGGCAGGAUUUCCCUACAGAGACUGCCAGCUGUCAAAAAGACUGGACUGCCAGCUCCUACAGCAUCUAAAGGAGAUUUUCUGUCAUCUAAAUCAAGACAUAUCAGGAUUACAAGAUCAUGAAUUCCAGACACGUUUCCCUGAAGCUCCUGCUCUUUUGUACCAGAUUCGACUUGGAGAUGAAAAGUUACAGGCACCCAUGGGCCUUUUCUAUCCAACCACAUUCGGGAUUGUUGGACAAAAGAUGACUCUGCUUCAGCACCGUUACCAGGGCGACGCAGAGGAUCCCCAUGAUGAACAUUAUCUGCUUUCCACACAAAGCAAACAGGAUCAAUCUUCCAAGUCUGCGUCAGACCGGAGGGCGGGUGCCAGACCUGUUGGCUUAGAUGGUGAGAUGAGCAGUCAGUGCGGAUUUGGAGAGACAUCAGAACUUCCGAGGGGCUGUGGAGGAGGUGUGGGGAGUGGAGGUGUAAUGCAAGGGGAAAUGGAGCUGGGGCCCUCCCAGGGGGAGAGUCUGAUGGGUGCAGGAGAAACAGAGGAGUCGCUGUCAGGUCAUCUCUCCAGAAAGACUGCAAUUAUGAGCCAAUUUGAGAGCAAAGCACUGGGGCUGGACAAGGCAAUCCUGCAUAGCAUUGAUUGCUGUGCUUCAGAUGAAACCAAGCGUAAGAUGUACAGUUCCAUCCUGAUUGUGGGAGGGGGCCUCAUGUUUCACGGGGCUCAGGAAUUCCUCCUUCAUCGGAUAAUCAACAAGAUGCCCCCGUCCUUCAGAAGGCUGGUCGAUAAUGUUGAAGUCAUAACACGGCCAAAGGAUAUGGACCCCAGGCUGAUCAUGUGGAAGGGGGGAGCAGUCCUGGCCUGUCUGGACACCACACAGGAAAUGUGGAUCCAUCAGAGAGAGUGGCAGCGCUUUGGCGUUCGAAUGCUCAGAGAAAGAGCUGCAUUUGUCUGGUAAAAACUUGAAAUAUUAACAGGAAAAACCCAUUUCAUGGGAAAGGAUGCAGCUAUUAUUUCUAGUUUGGCAUCAGCCUAUUUGUCUAUAUUAUGUGACUGUUUGUGUAACCUAACCCCCCAUGUUAACAUUUGAACCCAGUAAUAAAAUACACAUUGUUGUAAUA